AUGAACCAUAGUAAUCUCUACGGGUAUGAUCCGUCCAUCGCGGCGGCCGCCAUCUUCGUUAUCCUCUUUGUCAUCACCACAGCCUACCACAUCUGGCAAUUGACUAAAGCCCGAUGCUGGUACUUCAUUCCCUUCGUGAUUGGGGGGAUUUUCCAAAUCAUUGGUUAUAUUUGCCGGAUCAUCGCCCAUAAUGACCUAGGCUCCGUCACCAUCUAUGCUUUGCAAUCCGUGAUGACUCUUCUCGCACCAACACUGUAUGCUGCUUCCAUCUACAUGGUCCUUGGCCGCCUGGUGGCCUAUCUAAAUGCCGAGAAUUUGAGUCUCGUCCCCGUGAAGUGGAUGACCAAGAUCUUUGUUGCGGGAGAUGUCUUGUCGUUCAUGAUGCAAUCAGCUGGUGGCGGUCUCAUGGCUAGUAAGAAGACUAGUACCCGAAACACUGGAUCCAACGUUGUCAUCGGUGGUCUGGUCGUGCAACUUCUCUUCUUCGGCUUUUUCGUGGUCGUCGCGGCUGUCUUUCACGUCCGCAUCAACAAAUUUCCAACCACGAAAUCUUCAUCAGAGCGUCAAAUGACGCGAUCCCUAGGCUGGAAGCAACGGAACUGGGCCACAGUACUGAUGGCGCUGUACGUGGUCAGCAUACUGAUCCUGGUUCGAUCGAUCUUCCGUCUGAUAGAGUACAAGUAUGGCUUUGAUGGGUAUAUCAUGACGCACGAAGCCUUUUCCUAUAUUUUCGAUGCGCUGAUCAUGUUCAUCGCCAUGGUGGUAAUGAAUCUUUAUCACCCAGCCGUUAUUUUGGGCGAUGGAAAGAAUGAACGAGUCCCGGAUUCAUACGAUAUGCCUCUUUAG